AUGAACAAGCGCAACGACGGUGAAAUCUUGGUGGCGGAUGGCAACACAAUGGCCAUCAAGGGUGUUGGAACUAUCUUUGAAAAGGUGGUUCUGCCCGACGGUGAAGAGCGUGAGAUCGAGAUCGAAAACGUGCUUUACGUACCAAGCAUGAGCAAGAAUCUGCUUUCGGUACCGCAGAUCAACAAGCACGGCAAGUUUCAAGUCGUGUUUGAUGAACUUUAG